GCCCAUCCGAGUCUCUCGGCUUUGGAGAGGGGUCCAAGCAGGUUUAUAUCAUAGGCGAUGGCCCGCUCGAGGAAUCUCACCAGUUUUCCGUCAGAGGAGCGCGGUGUUAUCAAAUCACGGAGUAAUCAGACCAAGAUUCAUACAACACUAUAUUCACGCCUCAAGACAUUUACAAGAUGGUCGUCGAAGUGAGACAAUAUCAUUUGUUCCCCACAGAUCUCAUCCCAAACUCGCCGAGGCCUUUACUUCACUACAGAAAUGUCCUAACUAAAAAGGCUGGCGCCUCACAUUGUGACCCAGGUGAAGUAUGGGACAUGUUCACCAAGAAUGGAUGGGACGUGCAGUGGAUAUUCCGCUACAGCGACACUCAAGUAUCUCACUACCAUUCGAAAGCGCACGAGUGCAUGGCCGUCCUUUCUGGAACAGCCACUAUUCGAUUUGGCGUUGCCGACACCUCGCCAGAUAUGGUGGAGAACACAUACGGCUCUGCGUGGGAAAAAGGAGGAGUUACGCUGGACGCUGAAGCUGGCGACGUGUUUAUCAUACCAGCAGGUGUGGCACACAAGACACACAAGGCAAGGCCGGAGGCGGCAUUCAAGCUCAUGACACCGGGGUCAGGACAUGGUAUUGAGGCCGAUGACCCGAAGAAAGCCUUAUCGGAGAUCAAACUGGAUGGGUUCACAAUGAUGGGGGCUUAUAACGGAGGCAAAUGGGACUUCGUCGCGACUGGAGGCGACUUCGAAAGCGUAUGGUCGGUUCCGAAGCCCAAAUACGAUCCUGUUUUUGGAGACAAGGCGAAUGGACUUUGCAGAAGAUGGAACGGAAGCAAUGCGCAGCCUAGGACGAGCCUCUAAGCCUGUAGAGGCUUAAGAUUCCAUGAACUGUACUCUAAGACAUAGCGUAAUGCUUUGAACUUUCUAGUGUAUUUGGAGAACGCCAUCGGGGAGGAUGCUGGAGUCUGUUAUUCCAUCUCCCUUUUCGGGGUGGAAAUAAGGCCCCAGAACAUGGCAGCGUACGGUUAAGCCUAUUGAGACACGCAAGAUUAUAUCCUGAGAAUCCAUAGGUAGUUGAACUAAGUUUUUAAAUAUCUACCAUGUUUGACCCUGCAACCGACGACGAAUGCUGGUAAUACCCGCAAUUUGCUCGC